AGGGUUUGACAGGCGCAAAAACUCAAAGACGCAUGAUCAAUUUUCUCUGUCCUUAUCCUUUAUAGAGAUUUACUCGGCCAUAUAGCAAAUAUCGAUUAUAAAAUAGGCCACGGGUCUGUUAUCUCUAAAAAUGAGGUGUUCAGUUGAUAUUUGAUUUGGGAUAAGAUGUUGGGGAAGGCCGUGUUAUGUUUGACCUUCCAUUUGUAUAGUGUCGUGGCGCAGAAUGACUGCACGGACCUACGAGGGAGGUUGAUAAGCCACGGGUUGCACUACGUGCCAGGUCCGGACACCUGUACGCUAUGCGUAUGUGACAACGGCGGACCCAAGGCCUGCAAGGCCGUGCUAUGCUCACCCCCUCAGGAUUGUCGGUCAUUUCGCGUCGGCAACACAUGCUGCGAGUUCAUCUGUUUGGACGACGUGGUGAAGCCCGCAGAUGGUUCGGAGAGCAACCUCCGCAUGGCGGCCGGCGGUGCGGUGGCCGUCGCGCUCCUCACGGUCGCGCUGGUGGUGUACCGCGUGAGGAGGCAGAAGAGGCGGAGGCCGCCGCAUGCUGAUGACCAGAGGAGUCUUACUAGCAUUGGAUACAUCAGUGGUAGCAUGGGCUACAUGGGCGGCACUUGCGAGACAGCGUUGGCGGGCUGGAAACCGCCCGGCAACUACAUGCCCCGCGGCGAGGCCCCGCCACCGUAUGACGAGGCCAUCGCGCAGUGCUCCGAUGGCAUGAGGAUGAACACCGAAACGCCGUUCCAUCGGACCUACCCAACCAACCUCGAGACCAUGGUCCGGGCCGACGACGCCAUGCAAUGUUCCGGGCACGGCUACAUCAACAUACCGCGGCCUGUGCAACAGAUGCCGAACCCGCAGAACUGCUUCGCAGCGCCGCUGCUACAACCGCAUCCCGAGCCACGCGAGCCUAUUAUGCACCACCCGCUCGCACCUAACAUGGUGGGGUUCCCCAGUGCGAUCCGGCUGACGGGCUCGCUGGGCGCCAUCAGCCACCGCGGCCUCAGCGUGCCGCGCGAGCCCGAGCCGGAGCGCCCGCACAACGUGCCCGGCUUCUACACGAGCCCUGCCAACUCCUCGCUGCACCGCACAAUCCCGCGCAUCUCCACCGCGAUCGACACAACCAUACUCGACACGUCCAUAGCCGGCUUCAACCGCUGCGAUCGCUCGCUCCAUAACGAGAUACGGCGCUCGUUCCACAAGCCCAGCGAGCGAGCCAUGGCUGACACAGGGCGGAGUAUGCCGAGGAAUCUUAACCUCGCUUCUAGACACACCCUUGUUACGUCCAUAGCCGGUGACAACUGCUGCGAUCGCUCGCGUCACAGCGAGAUACGGCGCUCGUUCCACAAGCCCAGCGAGCGAGCCAUGGCUGACACAGGGCGGGGUAUGCCGAGGAACCUGAAUUUAGCAUCCAGUGGGGGCUCAAGAGCUCACAGCGAAGAGCACAACGUAGGUGGGAUCGAGCCUAAGCCCCUAAAGGCUGCCGGCAAACCGGCCGCGGACGUCGCCGGACCUCAAACCACACUGCCGCUCACGGUUGAUAAGCCGUCAUGCGUAUGCAGUUACUCGAGCGGCGCGCCGGACGGCGAACCGGACGGACCGGACGACUAUCGCAGCGAGUGCGAGAAUUGCAAGUCCGCUACCAGCUCCAGAUGGGUGCUAGACCCGUCGUGGCAGGAUGCGGAGGAGCCCUCGGGCACGCAGACGCUGCAGCGCCGCGCGCCGCCGCCCGCGCCGCCGCCGCCCGCCACCGCCACGCUGCCGCAGCCGGUCACCAAACAGCGGCCGACGGGAGGCCCGCAAUCCAACUGGGAGAACUGGUUCAACACUAUCCCCGACUCGGACACUGAAUCCGAAGAAGAGUGAACAUCCUCCUCCCAACAACACCAACACUCGACUGACCAUCAGUGGACCUUAUCUCUUUGUAAUAAGGUUUACGAAUUGUCAGAUAACAGUGUGGACGAUGGUAUACAACAAGUAUUACUGGUUAACUCUUAAAACGCUCCACGCGUUCGUGCAACUUUUCUGGAAUAAUGAAACUACGUAGUACUAGAAGCGGCGCGAUCCCGAGAUAGAUUACCCGUCUUGUUCUAACUAUAUUAAUUAGAGAAGGACCGUCGCUCCAGUGCUGUCUACUGUAAACAGUUAUAGAGUUACAAUUUUAGACUUUCUUGCAACGAAUGCUGGGCGUUUCGUGUCAAGCUUGAACCCAUUCCGUGAAAUAUCAACAUACUAAAUUAUUAACUUGGUAACUUGCUUGGGGUAACUGAAAACUAAUAAAACAAGCGAAACUCCCUUUAUAAUAAAAUGAGUUAAAAAGAGACUUUCGCUUGUAUUAUAACAACAAUUGUAUGAGGAAAAAAAUAAGUCAAAGAUUGGUGUGACAAAAAUAAUUAUUUCUCUGUAAGCCAUCCUAUAUCGUGCCAAGAAUGGUAACCACAGUAUAUAUAUAUAUUAUAAGUACACUGUGAUCUCCAUGCUCUCUCUUACUCCUUUUCUUGGCGUAUAAACCAACACUGCAAUUUAACAAAAUAUCCCACAUAUCAAUUUGGGAUCUGUGUGCAUUGUCACAUUUUGAAGAGAUUUCCAUUCCAUUCCAUUUUCAUUGCUCUCGAGUGUAUUUGCGCUAAAUACCGUCGCAGUGAAAUAAAACCUAAGUCUAUUUGGAACUAGGAGAAUCUACCUUUUAAUCCGAGUCCUAUACUGUCAGUAUAAGUCAAAAUAUGGAUUAAGUAGUUUCCACUAUUUUGAUAGUUUUUAAGAUAUUUUCAAAUAGUCUUAGGCCCACUUGCACCAUCCCACUAACCCGGGGUUAAGCGGUUAAACCGUUAACCCAGUGUCAAAUUGUACUGGUAACCAUGGUAACUCCAGGUUUAAACGGCUUACCCCGGGUUAGUGGGAUGGUGCAAGUGGCGCUUA